UCCUCCAUCCAACUGCUUUCGAAUAAUAUCCCUCAAGGCACACCAGUCUGUUGCGUAACGUCUUGUCUUUGGAUUAAACAAAAAAAUGAUUGUACUUCUGAUGGUGUCUAUGUCAAUGGUGUUUUACAGUGAUUUGUUUGCUGAGGUAGGUGGCCAAGAAUUGGAGCCGCCAGCAUUCCUGCAAGAGCUUCUUAACACACCUGAAAGAAUCUUGAGUAAUGCCACAUUCUUCAAUGGUGUCUUUCAAAAUGUGGAAAGCGUUGCAUUAUUUUUUGACUGCCUGGGUUCUCACUUCACCUGGUUACAGUCCAUCUUCACUAACUUCCCUGCCCUGCUCAACUUUGUGAACAAAAUGAAGUGUGUUACCGGUUUUUGUCCCAGGGAUUUUGAGGACUAUGGCUGCUCUUGCCGGUUUGAGACAGAAGGGCUCCCCGUGGAUGAAGCUGAUGAAUGCUGUUUCCAGCACCGCAAAUGCUACGAGGAAGCAAUAGAGAUGGAGUGCACAUGGGACCCAUCAAAGAUUUCGACAGAUGUCAGCUGCUCAACUGAAAACCUGACCUGUGAGUCUGGGGAUCCCUGUGAACAGUUCCUCUGCAACUGCGACAAAGAUGCCAUUGAAUGCUUUGUGAACGUGCGUAUUAACUCUUCCCUGAAUGGGCUGGAUAUCGCCUUCUGUCCCUCUCUGGUUACAGAAACAACCAGCAAGGGAGAGCUAGCAACACUUCACACAGACGAAUUCCUUCAUCAUGGGACUGACAAAACACAGGCUGCAACUGCAUCCAUGGAAGAAGUGAUUUUUUCUGAGCCCAGUGAGAUGGUCCUGGGGACUUCCAAAGCCAGAGUUACCACAAGGGACCACAGAGGUACAGCUCCUGUUACCCCCAUCCUUUCAAAAAAAGAAGAGGAUGGAUUUAUGGAAGCUGUGGUCCCAGUGGAGGAGAUAACCACCUCCCCAACUUCAUUCCCAGGAGAUAUUAACUCAAUGCAAGCCAAAAUUGUCCCCUCCGAGAAGACUUCUGCAGGCACAUCUGCAAAGACCAAAGGAAAAGAGACAAGUCCCGCAAGGGGUGGCCAGAGCACCGCUUCCUCUGGCAUAGCUCUGGAACUGGCAUUGUCUGAAAGGGGACCCAAUGAACCUGCAGGAAAAGUAUGCGAGCGAUUAACCUUUCUGCAAGAGAGAGGAGAUGGAAGAGUGAAGAGGGAGCUGCCUCAGCUAGGAGAAAUGCUGUUCUGUUUAACUGAGCGAUGCCCAGAGGAAUUUGAGUCUUACGGUUGCUAUUGUGGCCAAGAAGGAAGAGGUUAUCCUGCUGAUGCACUGGACAGGUGUUGUUUCUCUCAUCACUGUUGUAUGGAACAAGUUAAGAAACUUGGAUGUCAGGCAGAAAGAAGUUCAAGAUCUGAAGUUGUAUGUUUUGAUCAUAAGCCAAAAUGUAUUGGUUGGAGCAUGUGUGAGAAACUACUAUGUGAUUGCGAUAAGACAGCGGCCGAGUGCAUGGCUUCUGCUUUCUUCAAUGAAAGCCUUAAGUUUCCACACAGGCAAGAGUGCCAAGAGGGAAAAAUCUUAUGUCAAAGAGACCCUUACGAAAAGCCUUCAACAGGCACAGAAACAGGCCCCGGGAUUUCCAGCUCCGAGGAGAGCAGUGAGGAAGAAGGUCCACUGUGGAGCGUAUUAAGAAGAGCGAAGAGAGAGACACACCAUCCCACUGGAAACUCCAGGACUGUGCAACAUGAAGGCAGAUAACCAACCACCACCACCACCACGCACUGGAGAACGGCACGGAGACUUUCAGAGUCGGCCAUUGUGUACUUUACUUUUUCUUAUCACUCUACACGCUCCCUUACGCUUUCCAGCACAGAAAUGACAUAAUCAUAGACUAGGUAUUAAAUGUUAGACUGUAUAACUCCUUACCAUAGUAAAGUUGGCACUAUGGACCAUCUAUUUAGGUCAGAUAUUACCUUAAAUAAUUAUUUGACAGUAUUCUGUAGAAUUUAAUUCGAUUUCCAAGUAAAAACUAUUCUGAUCAAAGACUGAUUUUUGUUAACUGUGUAGUUGAUUCAGGCUGGAUUUUGCUGAUGGUGGCUAAGUAUUUCAGGUUUUUAAUUAAACCAAUCUGCAACUAUUCCAACUCCUUUUGCAGACAUUAUUCCUUUACUGAGCUUAGCACAAAACACCCAAAAGAAAAGCUAAGGGAAUUACAUGAAAACGAGUUCCUUCCUCCCUUUUUAUCUAACUGCAAUUUUCAACUCGCAGAGUUUCUGCUGGUCAAUCAGAUCAUGACAAUAAAAGACACAUCCCUUGCCCCAAAGCUGUGUACUAUGCAUGGUUAUCUUCAGAGAUAUUUCAGGAUGAUAAAGGGAAUACAUUUAAAGGUUCUGCUCCCUGGAAUCAAUUAAAACUAUUGUAUUCUGAAGUAUGUAAUGUAAAGCUGGAAUAGCGCUUUUUGCUUUUUACUGAACCCGAGUUUUUUUGCUUUUAUCUUUUUUCCAAAUUCAUCACUAAUAAGGUUCAUCAGUUAUCAGACAACAGCACUAUGAAAGGAUAUGUAUAUGCUUUUACUUGAUAAAAUGCAAAUUUAGACUAUUCUUUGAUCAUAAAAUAUUACCCUAAGAAAUAAAAUUACUAGAACGUGACUAACAAUAAUCAAGCUAAACCACAAUAAACCCCAACUAGGGACAAUAUCACUAGCAAGCUCAUUACUUUGUUAUGAAAAAUGCACACAAAGAUAUAAUCUCUAUAUGACUUUAUCAUUAGAUUUUAGCUGUAUAGCACACAAAUACACAGCUUUAACGCAGAAGGUGACACCCAAAAUGUCAUAUAACAUUUUAUACAGUGGGAUUAUUGAUACUUCCAUACUUUUGCUGAGCUGGUAUUUGCAAAAUCAUAACCAUACUAAUAAGGGACUUCCUCUGUAAGCACAUCUAGUUGUAAGGGUAAAGGUUUGACUUCUUGAUCAUAAGCAGUCAUAUAAUUUUUAACUUGACUGACCAUUCAUCUGUUGACCUGACAUAACUGACUUUAUGCUGUGUUUGCAUCACUCAUGAGAACUUCUAAAAGUUAGAUUGGUGAUUUCCACUCUUUUAGUCAGCUGAGUCAUAGUGGUGUUCCUUCGUCUUAUUCUCUUCCACUGCCUCCCUGACCCCUAGUGCCAUAUUUCACUCCCUAGGAAGCACUAAGAGCACUUCACUCUCACCAGCAGUUUUCCCACUGCUGAGCACUGAAACAGAGACCAACCACCCCACCACCACCACCACCUCUGAGUUCAGAGCCUGGGUUCAGUUCUGCACUAACCCUCAGCAUAACUUCCCAGCCAUCUCAGAAACUAGAACCUGAAAUCCAAACAAGGUA